UUCCGGAUCACCUGACUUAGACAUCUCACGCAUCACUCUAGACCAUCACUCUAUUUGUGAUCAUUGCCUGAUACAUUCUUUUUUUUUCUUUUUGGUCUUUUUGCCAUUUCUUAGGCCACUCCCGCGGCCUAUGGAAGUUCCCAGGCUAGGGGUCCAAUCGGAGCUGCAGCCGCUGGUCUACGCCAGAGCCACAGCAAUGCCAUAUCUGAGCCGUAUCUGCGACCUACACCCCAGCUCACGGCAACACUGGAUCCUUAACCCACUGAGCGAGGCCAGGGACCGAACCCGCAACCUCAUGGUUCCUAGUCAGAUUCGUUAACCACUGAGCCACGAUGGGAACUCCGCCUGACACAUUCUUAUUUAUUAAUGGUGUUUGUUGUCUGCCCCUUUGCCCACUAGAACACCAGCUUCCUGAAGGUGGAGGAAUUUGUCUAACAUUUUAGCUGCCACUUCUGAGACCCAAGAAGAGUGGUCGAAGCUGGCACUUAAAAUACAAGUAUGUGGUUUCCACAAAUAACUCUGGAGCAUGGAUUCUGGCUCGAAGUCCUGAAGUUGCAAAGACACCAUGGGAAAUCCAAUGACGCUGAAGGCCAUGCAGAAUGGAGAGGAAGCCUUUGAUUCACUAUGUUCAUGGUGGUUAUCAGGGCCGUCUCCGCACCCUGGCACAGGCAUGCUUCAGAAAUUUCCAGAGAUAAUACAUUUUACAAAUUUCAAGCCGGCUUUCCGCCUACACGUGCUACCAUGACCCUCGCCAGAAAUUCCCUGUGGGGCGCUGCACCUCAGCUCCUGAAAGUCACAUGUUCCUCGGGGGUUGCACCUGUCAACCUGGGGCUUCAAGAUCUCUUCUAGUCAAAUCAACAAGUCCUUUCCAAGAAGAAAUCACAAAGACAUCUUCUCCUUCCUGUGUGUGCCUGUGUGUGUCUACACUGAGUCAGGCGUCUGCCCACCUUGAGGGUAACCUCAGCAUUUCCUUCCAGCCUUGCUUUCACCCAGUCCUGGGUGGCAGUGUUUUCUGCAGAAAAGCUGAUUAAUGAUUUUUUCAUGGACCCAUGGGCGGGACGUUGACGGUCCUUCCUUGCAACUGGCCCUUUAUAUAUCUCCUGAAGACCAUGGCAAGUACAUCUGGCUUGAGAAGCCUUUGCUGGAGCAGCUUUGCCCUCACCCCACCAUGGUCUCCCAAACAGGUACCAGCAGGUCCUGCUGCUGCCACUGCCGCUGCUGCCGUGGACUCUGGGGCACAAUCCGGUCUCACCCGACAGAGAGGAAGACUGGGGAGGCUCAGCCCCGGGGCUGCUUGACUACGGCUUAAGUGCUUGAAGCUGGGCGGGCAGGGGUGUGCGGUCCAGGCGUCUCACAGUAUCACUUUCUUUCUCCAGGAUGUGCCAGGUUUGCCCUGUUCCUGAUCUGCUGUUGGGGAACCUUGUUGUCCUCCCAUAUGGCACCCACCUCUGUGCCAUCUCCAGAAGAACAAAAAGGCAUAAUCAAGGAAUUACAGGCCUCAGUGAAGAAAGUUUUGAAAGACUACGUAAGUGCCCUUGUGAUUUCUUUUCCAAAUCAUUUUCGUAAAAUGCCUCCCCUUGGUCCCCAGGGGAAGCCUAAUCUUUUGAGUCCUGGAGCGAGGGCUGUGGAUACACCACAGAGGAAUGGGAAGAACGGUAGCUGUUGGGAUUUCUGUCUGUUUUGCCAAACUAACCCUCGCCUGUCGCUCCUCCUUGUUCCACAGGAAGAGAAAGAGAAAGGUGUGCAGGAACAGGAGCGGUUCCAGAUACCGUGUCUCACUUUCAACCCCCAAUCGCCACACAACAUCGAGAGCUCAGCCAUCCUGCCUUAUCUCAGAGCCAUCAAGCGUUCGUUCGAUAACGACGAUGACAUAAUUGACAUCAUAAACCAUCUCCACAAACUCAAAUUUCAGCAGGGGCCAGAAACAACAGUUCCUGUGCCUACAAAUAGCUUUGAAGGUAAAAGCUUCACCUUGUCUAUUUUAAAAGCAUUUUCAAAGUGUCUGACAUCUGACUUCAAUUCCCACGAUCCUCGGAGGGGCCAGUCUUGAGAGCUGAGAUUGACCUGUCUGAGCUAACCUGAGAAAGAUUUCAAGUUCCGUCAUUGUUAUUUGUCUUCUUAUUUAUUGAACAUUGUUCUUCUGAAGACUUAAAUCUUGUUGUACCCUUGGAAGGGCCGGAGGUGGCAGCUAUGUUAAUUUAUUGAUAUUUAUCAUAUUAAGAUUGUUAUUGAUCCUUGGAGGAGCCCUUGGAAACUAUUUAAUAAAUUAUAUUGAAUUUUUCUCAUAAUCUGUUCUGGAUUCUGUGCAUGGGUGAAAACUGGUGACUGGAGAUCCGGGUGGGGCAAUGUUCUGGCUGAGGGAGUUUGGGGUGUGCAGUAGAAAUAGAUGCUACGUCCGUCCUUCAGGGCUAUUUCUCCCCACCCAUCAGGCUUAGUAGCUUAGUAGCAAACGAUAAUAAUUCUAGCAGCAACAACCACUGACUGGACAUUUUCUUGCUGGGCUCAGUAAGUACCACUCUUGUCCUCUUUUUAUAGGUGGGGAAACUGAGGCAAGAAGUUAUUUAGUCACUUGCCCAAGGCCAUUCUGCUGUUAUGCAGCGGGGGUGGUGCGGGACACAAGCCUACUCUUCAUCACCCUUGCAACCUUUGUCCCUCCCUGGGCAGUGGCUGGGUCUUGGAGGUACUUAAACGCCAUGCUCGGCACAGAGCACUCAUGCAGGAGCCACUGCACGGUUCCCCACUGGAUUCCCAGUGCCUCUGCCCCUGCAAAGGUCUGUUCAUCAUUUCACCAGUGACCAUAGCCAGGACCAAGGAUUUAAUCAUUUGAAGAGAUGGGUCCAAAGCUGUUAAUGGUUCUUAGAGAUCAUCUGGACCAAAGGUUCUCAAAGCAUGUCUCGGGACCAACAGCAUCAGCAUCACCUGGCAACGUGCCAGAAACACAAAUCCCUGGGCCUUUCCCAGGAUGACUGAAUCAGAUAUUUUGGGGGUGCAGCUGGCAACUUUUGUUUGAAUGAAACCUCCAGGUGAUUUGUAUACAUGCUCCAGCCUGGGAACCACUGAUUCUGGGUUCACCAGAACCUUCGUCUUUACCUUAAUUGGGGGGAAACUGAAGCCCAAAGACAGCAUGUGCAAGGAAGACAAGGUUAGGACUGUGAGAUACACAGGCCAGCCUCUGCUUCUCACUCGGACUCUCGUGGGCAUUUCUACUCCAAUUCCACACCAGGCUUUUCAAGCCCCCACAUGGCCUAGCCUCUGGUGACAGUCAAUCCUUCCAAAAAUAUCCCCUGUGCUUGGACAUCUGUCAUGCUUUUUGACUGUUCUAUAUUGGAACAUGUUGACUAUCAUUAGAAAAGUUAUCCAAAACAGGGAAUCAAGGCAAAAAGAUGACCGUAUGUCCUUCCAAAGAAUGAAAUUAGUGUCUACUGGUCUGUAGAGAUACAAAUAAAUAAAUGAAGGAAAAAGGACAGAUGUUCCUUACAGAAUUUUUCUUCCUUUUUUCUGAAUGGCUGCACCUGUGGCAUAUGGACGUUUCUGGGUCAGGGAUUGAAUCUGAGCUGCAGCUGCUGUGACACCUGAUCCUUUAACCCACGGUACCACAGGGCUGAAGAUGGAACCCGUGCCUCUACAGGGACCCAAGCCACUGCAGUUGGAGUCUUAACCCACUGCGCCAUAGCGGGAAGCCCUCCUUAUAGAAUUCUAACUUAUAAACACAGAAGGAAUAAGGAAAAUGGAAAAUUACCAUUAAGCACCCCAGUAGUAACUGCUGCAGACAAGACCCACAGUUGACAGCUCAAAUGAACAGGGGAAAUUUGGAGGAGAAACAGGAAAUGUGCAAAGCCUCCCAGCUAUUGAGCCCCAAUAUUUUCUGAUCAUUGCAGCCGUUUUAACUUUCAUCCACAAAUGCUUUGAUAGUCCACCUCCCCCACAGGAGGUGCAGCUGGACCCCCUUCCGCUUCACAGUGAGCGGGAUGGUGACUUGCUUCUAAAGCACAGAGUAGGGGUGGGAAAGACAGCAACUCGGUGGAGACACGCCUGACACCUCCCGGGAGUGGGGGUGGGGGGUUGACGCAAGGUCAACACCACCCCUAAUGAUAUAAAUACCCCCACCUGGGGGUGGCGGGUGCCCUCUGUGUCAUGUGGGGAGGGCACCUCCUCACUUCUGUGGGACUUUUCCCCCAAAUCCAUGAGCCCAGCCCCGUCCUGAGACAAUAUCAGACGUACCCAAAUUGUGGGACAUUCUGUGAAAACCCUGACCAGUGUUCUUCAAAAGUGUCAGGCUCAGGAAAACCAAGGGAAGACUGAGAGAUCGUCACAGGGUGGAGACCAAGGAGAUGUGACAAUUGGAUGCGAUCUUGGAGGGGAUCCUGAAAAAGACAUUAGUGAAAAAACCAAUGACAGUUCAAAUUAGGCCUCUGCUGGUGUUAAUGUCUUAGUUGGUUUGCUUCGGGGCUGUGUCCCCCCAUGUGGAAGUUCCCAGGCCAAGGACUGAACCUGUGCCACAGCAGUGACAACACGAGAUCCUUAAACAUUAGGCUACCAGGGAACUCCAAUUUCUUAGUUUUGAGAGAUGUGCCACAGUUACACAAACGUUCACAUUUAGGAGAACCUGGGAGAAGUUUGUAUGAGAACACUGUAUUUAUGACUUUACUGUAUAUCUACAUUUAUUUCAAAAUGAAACAUUUUUUAAAAAUCCAGUUUCUGAGAGUUCCCAUCAUGGCUCAGCAGAAAUGAAUCUGAUGAGGAUCCAUGAGGACACAAGUUUGAUCCCUGGCCUUGC